UUGAGUUUUCUAAAACCCUGAUUUCAAUUUUCUUGCAAAUAAUUCUCAAAAACCCUAUUCUUCUUUCCUGUCACUCUGCAAUUUUGAAGCUUGGCUAUUCUAUCAAUGGCGGACCUACCAAUCCUCCAAUUCGAAGAGACAAUCAUGAAAGCAGUAGAAGAAAACACGGUCGUAGUGAUUAUCGGAGAGACUGGUUCAGGAAAGAGCACCCAACUCUCUCAAAUACUUCACAGAAGGGGCUACACCAAGUCUGGAAUCGUCGGCGUCACUCAGCCUCGCCGAGUCGCCGCUGUCUCCGUUGCCAGACGAGUUUCACAGGAGCUUGGUGUCCGGCUUGGGGAUGAAGUUGGAUACGCCAUCAGAUUUGAAGAUAGAACGUCAGAGAGGACGCGUAUCAAGUACCUCACUGAUGGAGUUCUCCUUCGUGAAAGUCUUUCCAAUCCAGAGCUCGAUGAGUACUCUGUAGUAAUACUUGAUGAAGCUCAUGAAAGGAGCCUGAACACGGACAUAUUGCUGGGACUGAUGAAACGCUUGGUUGAAAGGCGUGCCUCAAAUUUCAAGGUUCUGAUCACUUCAGCAACUCUUGAUGGUGAAAAAGUAUCACAAUUCUUUUCAGAAUGCCCUGUAGUGAGAGUCCCAGGGAAGUUAUUUCCAGUCGAAAUAGUGUACAGUCAUGAGCGUCCUGUCAGCUAUCUUGAGUCAUCUUUAGCAACAGCUCUCGAUAUACAUAUGAAGGAAGGGGAAGGUGAUGUCUUAAUAUUCAUGACUGGGCAGGAUGAUAUAGAUAAGUUGGUAUCUAAGUUAGAAGAUAGAGUUCGAAGCCUGGAAGAAGGGUCUUGCAUGGAUGCCAUAAUCCUUCCUCUUCAUGGUUCUUUGCAGCCUGAAAUGCAGGUACGUGUUUUUGGACCUCGACCUCCAAAUUGUAGGAGAUUUAUUGUUGCCACAAACAUUGCUGAAACUUCUUUGACUGUUGAUGGUGUUGUGUAUGUUAUUGAUUCUGGUUAUGUGAAGCAACGGCAGUACAACCCGUCAACUGGCAUGUAUUCCCUCGAUGUUGUUCAAAUUAGCAAGGUACAAGCACAUCAACGUGCUGGACGAGCAGGAAGAACACGUCCUGGGAAGUGCUAUCGAUUAUACCCUUCUGCGGUUUACGAGGAUGAGUUCCUGGAUGUAACAAUUCCUGAAAUACAACGUUCUUCGCUUGCUGGAAGUGUUCUUUAUUUGAAAUCUUUGGACCUCCCUGAUAUUGAUAUUCUCAAAUUUGAUUUUCUUGAUUCUCCUUCACCUGAGUCUUUACAAGAUGCUCUGAAGCAAUUGUAUCUUAUCGAUGCUAUUGAUGAAAAUGGAUUGAUCACAAGAAUUGGAAAAACGAUGGCUGAGCUUCCACUAGAACCUUCAUUGUCAAGGACCUUAAUGGAGGCAAAUGAGCAUGGUUGCUUAUCCCAGGCCUUGACUGUUGCUGCUAUGUUAUCCGCAGAAACCACAUUGCUUCCUGGUCGAAGCAAGAAUACUGAGAAGAAGAGGAAACAUGAUUAUUUGGACCUUCCUGAUGGUUCUGGCUGGGGUGAUCAUAUCCAGUUGCUACAGAUCUAUGAGUGCUGGCAUCAGACUAACUAUGACAUUGAUUGGUGCAAGGAUUAUCAGUUGCAGGUGAGAGGGAUGAAGUUUGUGAAGGAUGUCAGGAGACAGCUAUCUCAGAUCAUGCAGAAAAUAGCAAAAGGACCAUUAGAUGUACAGAUAAGCAGAAGAUGGAAAGAAAGCCAACAGGAUUAUCACAACUUGAGGAGGGCCUUGUGUGUGGGAUAUGCAAAUCAGCUCGCUGAGAGAAUGGUAUAUCACAAUGGGUAUCGAACCUUAGGUUUUAAGCCCCAAGUAGUACAGGUGCAUCCAUCCAGUGUGCUAAAACCCGAUGAUGAAGGAAAAUUGCCAGACUAUGUUGUGUACCAAGAACUCAUUGCAACUUCCCGCCCAUACUUGCGUACUGUAUGUGCCGUAAAUAUUGCUUGGGUCACACCCAUUUUGGACAAAGUCAAUAAAAUAAAUAUCAACAAGCUGAGUGGUGGGAUUGGUCGUAUUGAAGAGCACACAGAGGAAAAUAUGUCUGAUUUGCCAAAGACAGAUAACGUUGUUGCAGCAGUUCCUGAUGAUCACGAAAGUAAAAUACAAGCAGCUAGGGAACGAUUUCUUGCUCGUAAAGGAAAGAAAUGAGCUUAUUCACCAGUUGUAUUUGAUGAAAUAGUGGGGUAUUGAGUAUUAACACCAAAAGAAAGAAAGCUGGUUUGAGCUACAACUGGUAACUACGGAACCCUUUUCUAACCAAAUUCCCCACCCUGAAACCAAGCUUAGGCUACCGACUCCCUAACUCCCAAAUUAAUAUCAUAUCAUUGUCAGCCUCAUCCAUACUACCGUAGUUGCAAUCAAGGACUUUUGGAAGGCAUGCCCAGCACACCUACCUACUGUAUUUUCAAUUUUUUCUUCUUCGAUCUCGCAGCUUAGAUGACCUCUCAAUGGCGGAUCUUUCGUUACUUUUGCCUCCAAGGAGUAUUUGUAUUUUGUUAUAAUCUUCCAGCGUGGCCUAUUUUGAGCAUGCUGGCUGUUGACAUACACUUGUAUAUGCUAACAAUACCAAAAAUUCCUCAAAUGAGAAGGACCAAAAGGAAAGAGAAAAAGAAAAAAAGAGAGUUUUGUUAGCACUGUUCGGCCACGUGUA